AAAUAAUUUCCCGGUAAAAAGAAUUUCUCGGUAGGUAUGUCUACAAAACAUUCGAUCUACGGAGGGGACGACAGAUACGUCACUGAACCGAAUGAUGUCAGUGGAAACACGCGAACGACAUGCGCGAGACGCAACGCGAGCGAGAUGAUGCGGGAAAAUACGGAUUCGGAGGUCUUUUUUCAAAAAUACACAUUAUCGGAAGAAACCAUGACGAGACUUGAAUCUAUCAGGGAAGCGAUGAAGGAUAACAUCGCUCAGGCUAAUCCAUUGUGGAAAGUUAUAGCGGGACAGAAUGAAGAAGAAACGCAUUCAGAGACCGAAGAGAGCAACGACGAUGAUGAUGUGCCGAUGAACAAUAGCGAAACUCAAAAUACUCAAAUGAGGGAUGAUCAAUCAGCGCUGCCACCGUCUACUCAAUUUUACUUUACACAAGUUGAAACAAUUGUAGAACCAAGGAGAUCUACUGCCGCAGUGCCGCAAAGGUGUGAUAUUUUGGAGUGUGCCUGCGAGAAUUUAGAACGAAAUAACGGCAGGCUAGAUCUCACCCAGUUAGACAACCUACCCGACGAAGAUCUUGUCCCACUGGUGAACGAAAUGGCGAGAAAAUUAAGUCACAAGGGUAUCUAUAAUCUGUGUCAGUCGUUGAACGAUAUGACCGUCGAGCAAAGAAUGAGAUAUCUCAAUGUAUUCUGCACGCAUCUGUUGCUACCAAAGAUACUUGAACUCGAGGAGCCGUCUCGUUUAUUGUCAUCUGCUAUUGUUGAAUGCAUCAAAAUAUUUCCCGAUGAGGUUCAGCAACUCAUAUUUGUUCCUAUUCUCAGUACCGAGUUGAAAGAUGUAACGUUGAUGACCACCAUUGUCAAUACGUUUGAUCAGGACAGGAAAAUAAUUCUUUUAGGAGAGUUUCUUGAAUAUGUCAAGGAAUUGAAAUUAUGGCAUAUAUCUGUAUUGCAAAACUUUUUAUCUGUGAGACUGGACCACAAUAUGAUCGAUAAAAUUACCAAAUUAUUCUCGGAGAAGGCACUUUGUUAUUCCAAAGACAAGAACUUCGGAAAGCUUGUGCUGUCAUUUUUAAAAGUUAUUACAGCACUGUCUGAAGAGCAGAAAAGUGUAAUGACUGAAAUCGCCGCCGUCAAUGAAACGUUAUUCAAAAAACCAAUGGAAAAUAUUUUAAAGAAGAUGUAAUCGCUAAAUCACACUUGUAAAAAAAUGUACAAUUGUCUAGUUUACUCCGAAUUUCUAAAUAUAUUUAGGGAUUAAAAUCGGACUAAAUUAGAAUUUAAUUCUUUCUUACAUUGAUUUUCAAGUUUAUUUGUAGAUUUAUAUUUGAUAAUUAAUGUUAUAAUUCAAUUAUAAUUACAUAAUUUAUCAUAUAGCCUUAAUAU